CAGAGCGUCGGUUGUCACCGAAUUAAAAUCGGCCUCCUUCAUUGCCCUGACCUCAGACAUGUGGUCAUCCGUGAACAUGACGCCAUACAUGUCUCUCACAGCCCAUUAUAUAAGCAAAGACUGGCAACUGGAGGCGAAGUGUUUGGCCACAUCCUUCGUCCCAGAAAAUCAAACGAAAGAUGUGCUGGCAGACGCCCUCAAAGUCGGCGCUCAAGAGUGGGGCAUAGUGGAAGAGAAGAUAUUCUGCAUCACAACCGACAAUGGUGCAAACAUUAUUGCAGCCGUCCGGGAGCUCAAAUGGCCCUGGUUGAACUGCUUUGGACAUAAUUUGAAUGUGGCCAUAAACAACGCACUUGAUGGAGAAAAGGAUCGCACUAGUCGUGCGUUUGGGGUCUGCCGGGCAAUCAACGGCACCUUUUCUCAUAGUUGGCAACGGAAACGGGAGCUGAGCAAAGCCCAGGAUGAGCUACAACUCCCCAACCAUGCUUUGAUUACGGACUGUGCAACACGUUGGGGUUCGAAGUAGAAGAUGGCAGAGAUGAUACUGGAACAGGCCGCAGCAAUCAAGAGGGUUUUCGCAAACGACGGAAGCCGCCGUCCCCUGCCAAACCUGACGUGGCAAGAUGAAGCUGUGCUGGAGGCAGUGAACAAAGCUUUAAAACCUCUUUCCGACUUUACGGACAUACUGUCUGGCGAAAACCAUGUGACAGUCUCUUCCUUGCUGCCCACGCUACAAUUAUUGAAAGACAACGUCUUGAAGGAAGACGACGAUGACGUCCGGAUGACGUCCGUCAUUAAAAGCGGGGUGCUGCUGGAACUAGAUAACAAAUACGACAAUGAAGCGUCAUUAAAAUUAAUGCACUUAUCUGCUCUCCUCGACCCCCGCUACAAGGGCGACCAUAUCGAUGCCGUUUCCCUCGACAGCACGACAGUUCAAUUGGAGGCAGAGAUGGUGUCAUUCUGCAGGAGGCAGACCACCGGACAGGUAAGGGUCAGAGUGGAGGAUGUUGAGACGGAGCAGCCAGUGGCACCUAUUCCACCACCACCACCACCUAAGAAAAUAAAACCUUCCCUGGGUAGCCUUUUGAGAAAGGCGAAGCAACCUGUGACACUCACUGAGGAGCAACGGGCAAACGCAGAAGUAACAGCCUACCUGCAAGAAGGUGCACUGGAUGGGGACAGUGACCCACUCGCAUGGUGGAAGGCAAACGAGAACCGCUUUCCAUUAAUGGCCAAGAUUGCGAGUAAAUAUCUUUGUAUAUGCGCUACUAGUUCACCUUCUGAGCGUGUAUUUAGAACUGCAGGCAACGUUGUCACGCCACUGAGGAGCUUGUUGAAGCCAGAAAAGGUGAAUAUGCUGGUGUUCUUGUCCAGAAACCUGUAGGCUAUGCACACACUUUAAAAUGUGUAUUUAUUAUUAGGCUUUUAGGCAUACAUUUGGAUUAUUUCGUUCCUCUGAAUCCAAAUUAGGUUCUUUCGAUUGGUUCUACAGUCUGCAAUAGUCCUAGCAAAUGUUGUGCCCAUUUUUAUUUUAUUUGCUCUGAAAUAAUUUAUUUUAAUUUUUUAAUUUGCGAAAUGGACACUUAGACUUAAUUUUAAAUUGUAUUUAUUAUUAUGCUUUUAGGCCUACUUGCACUGCACAAUACAAUUGGACCAUUAUUGUUUGUCAGCUAAAGCUUGUAAACAUUGGAUUAUUUCGUUCCUUUGAAUCCAAAUUUCGUUUUCUUUCGACUGCGUUCUGCAGUCUGCAAUAGGCCUAGCCAAUUUUGUGCCCAUUUCUAUUUUAUUUGCUCUGCCAGCAUUUUUUUUUCGUUUUAAAAAAGUUUUGUAAAGACUUCGCCAUCUGUUAUACUUGCGUUAUGUUCAAUACUCUGUUAUAAUUGUUCUUUAAAAGCGUUUUGUAAGUGGGCCUACAU